AUGAUCCGUGAACGUUCCGGAAAGGUCUUUUUCCAGUAUUCCGCACGGGAUCCGUAUGAGCCACGUCCUGGUGGUUCAAGCAUCACCGCUCCACAAAGUACUAUAACAUUUUUCUGGCAGCUCUUUAUGACCACCUUUUCAAACGCUGUACUCCUGGCGGUAAUAAAAUGGAUUGUGCUAACGGCGAACCGUGUCAAUCUGAUGGCGAUUGUGAAGGUGAUAUGGUAUGCUACAAAGGAGGUUGCUUCGAGGAUUACAAUGACCCUGGAGUUCCCUGCUGCUGAAAUGUCCGGAUUAUAA